AUUACACUUUUUUCUCCCUAUAAAUUAAUUAAAUACAGAUUUGGGCACAGAAUAUGAUCUAUUAAUUAUUUCAUCACCAAGACAAGAUUUUUAGUGUGAUCAUAUAUUGCAAGAACAAGAAAGAAAGAAAGAAAGAGAUAUAUCAUCGAUCAUGGCUAGUUGUCGACCCUGCAACAAAAGUGUGUUCUUGAUGGUUAUGGCAGUCAUGCUUCUAAUGGGUGCUUUCACUGACGUUGUUCAGGGAUACAGUCGGCUUCGCCCUCAAGAUUGCAAGGCGCGAUGCACGUACCGGUGCUCGGCGACGUCCCACCGGAAGCCGUGCAUGUUCUUCUGCCAUAAAUGCUGCACAACGUGCCUUUGUGUGCCGCCGGGGACUUACGGCAACAAGCAGACCUGCCCUUGCUACAACAACUGGAAGACUCAAGAGGGACGUCCUAAAUGCCCUUAGAACACAUUUAUAUAUAUAUAUAUAUAUAUCUCUUCGGAAUAAUUAAUGUUUGAAGGAGUGUUUGUAAGUCGUCGUCGAAUUGGUAUGGUGAACGGCCUCGACAAAGUUUUCAAGUAGAUAAUUAAAUUAAGGGGUAUAUAUAGCUAAUAAUAUACUCCAUCCGUCUACAAAUUAAUAUCCUACUUUUUUAUUUGGAAUGUCUAACAA